GUUUUUAAAUAAAUUAAUAAAUUUGGAAAAAAAAAAAAUUUAUUUAUUUAAAUAAAAUUCUCAAAAAAAAAAAAUCCAUUUUUCUCUUCUUCAAAUAUUUAAUAAGUGUAUAUUAUAUUAUUUUCUUGUCAUUAUGAAAGUAAUAAUUAUCACUAUAUUUUCCAUAACAUUAUUGUCAUCAAUAGUCAGUUCACAAAAAGCAUGUAAUGGUUAUCCUGAACUUUGUGGUAAACUAUACUCCGGUAUAGCAUACCCAACAACACAUAAUGCUUACGCUUAUGGUAAGUCUGUAGCGGCGAACCAAAAUUAUGAUAUACCAACACAAUUGAAAGAUGGUAUUAGAGGAUUUAUGUUGGAUGCCAACUUUCCCACAAACAAUACAAAUGAAGUACAUUUAUGUCAUAGCUCAUGCGACUUGUUAGAUCAAGGUCCAGCAGCUACUACUUUAAAACAAAUUGGUACUUGGUUAGAUGAUAACCCAAAUGAAGUUAUUACUAUAUUAUGGGAAAAUGCUGGUAAAGUACCAGCCGCUAUGUUCAAUAGUAUAUACACUCAGUCUGGGUUUGUCAAAUACGCUCAUUUUCAAGAAGUUGGUAAAGAUUGGCCUACUUUGAAUGAUAUGAUUGGAAGUGGUAAAAGAGUUGUAAAUUUUGUUGAUACAGGUGCUGAUCCAUCUGUUCAAUGGUUAAUGCCAGAAUAUAGUUAUGUAUUUGAGACCCCAUUCGAAAAUGAAAAUGCAAAUGCAUUUACAUGUACAGUUGACAGACCAAAAAAUCAGGAACGUCCGAUGUACGUUCUAAAUCAUUUCUUAUAUGGUACUUUAGCAAUUAGUACUUCAAUUGAUGUGCCUCAACCUGAUAAAGCGAACACCACAAAUUCUGCUAGUUUAGCUGAUCAUGCUAAAAAAUGCCAACAAACGUUCGAUAAAAUUCCUAAUUUUAUUGCUGUAGAUUUUUAUGAUCAAGGUAGUGAUAAUCAAAAUGUUCUUUCGAUUACCGCUGAUUUAAAUGGUGUUCAGUAUGUUCCAAAACAAUUGGGCGAUGGUAAAAGUGUUUCUAAAGGCGGAAAGGGAACCUCUACAGUAACAAGUGUCGCUAAACCUAAUAGUGAUUUAAGAAAUGCUAAUAUUCUUACUGGUUUAGCUGGUGUUGGAACUAUAGCUAUGUUCGUAUUAUAAUAGUAAAAAAAAAAAAAUAUAGAAUUUAAACAUAUUUAUAGUUAUUGAAUAUUUAUUGUAAUUUAUUGAAAGUUAUGAAAUAUGAAAUAAAAAAAAAAUUUUUUU